AUGGGCAACACGAAUUCGUCCGCAUCGGACAUCAUCACCUACAUCGGUGUCCCGCUCGCCGUGCUGGGUGUACUGCCGAUUCUUUACAAUACACUGGCCACUCUGGCUGCUCUCUCUCGCAUCCGCCGCAUGCUCCGCCACUCCCGCCUGACCGCCCUCACCCGCUCCGAUGUCGUCAAUCGUGUGAUCGAAGUCGACCUCCCUCGCUAUGCCGUAACCCCAUGGCACCGCUCCAUGCAUCGAUCUGCGUACUGGUCUUUGGCGUCUCAUCCUAGCACCAUCCCUGGCGGCUCGUGGUCCGUCUUCAACUGGAACACCAACACCAUUGGCAUUCGCACGCAGCGGGUGGAGUAUGCCGACCAGUUUACGUCAGCCCCAAAGUCGAGGUGGCUUUUGAGGGAACUCAUUUGCUAUCUUCUGAACUUGGGGGCUGUACCUAAUGCUCACGGUUGGAGGCUGCUGAGGAAUACUGGAAUUCUGGACGCCCGUCGGAGAGACCCUCCUGUCCUUCGUCCGCCGCGCGUCCAUCCCUGUGGCGUUCUCGAGUUGAUCUCUCUCGUCGAUCCCUCGGCAACACCUGAGUGGGGGACUCUCAGCGCCGAUGAUUCCGAGGCGCGACGCGUGGAGCUCAUGAUGCGGCGUAUGAGGGAGCAGAGAGGUCACAUGGAGAAGGAGGCUCGCAUGAGCGUCGCGGAGAGGCAGCAAGCCAUAAAGACGCGGAUGGAGCGCGAGAACCUCCAGAGGCUCGACGAUUUCCGCGACAAGAUGCACGCGGAUCUGCAGAGAAAAGAAGCUCGUCUGCUCGAAGCGCUGCAAUCACCCAAGUGGACGCCCGCGCAACUGGCGCCCCACGCCCUACGCUGGCUCAAGGAGAACUCGGCAUGGGGAAGUAUCUUCUCCUCCGUGCCGGUGCCUGAAGUCCCUGUUUCCUGGUCGCUGAAGCCAGUGCUGGGUCCGCUGCUCCACACCAUUGUGCUCAAUGAUGAGCUUUCUUCCCUGCUCGUCGCGGCGCUCGAAUCAUGGAAGGCAUGGUCUGAGAAUGGAGGUAUGCGACGUGCGGACAUUGAUGCGCUGAUGAAGGAUGCCAAUGGCGAUAGGGAGGCCUUUGCGCUCGCAAGCCUGGUCGCCGCGGGUGUUGGUGAGGCCACGUCUGGAGAUGGUAUUACGGGAGCAAGGACUGGGGAUGCUGUGGGGGCUGACAUGCAAGAAUGCCUCGGAAUGUGGCCAAAGAUAAGGCUGGGAUGA